UGGCAGGUUGUUCUUCAGUAGUUUGCUUUGUUUUGUUUCAGUCUCUUUUUCCUCCUGCAAUAAUAAUGCUGCCAUUCACACUAGUAAGAAUUCGUGUAAUGAUCUGUAAACCAUAUUUACAGUUACUGAGUAUCCAGGAUUUUGGUAUUCGGGUGGAGAUGGGAGUAGGGAAUUUAGCAGCCAUGGGAAGUUGUGCCUUUGUGAUUAAUACAUAUUCUUAUCUGUGAGAUCGUGUUCUUCAUUCACCUGGAGGCUCUGAGCCAGGAUUGCCAGCAGGGUUUGGUGUGUCAGGAGACUCCCACCCCGUGUGGUGGCAGCAGUUUGUGUGUGAGCGUUGCCAUGCAGGGGUUUCAAACAAGGAAUCCCGUGGACAGCGAUGUCUCCCUGCUGCUGCUCUCAGAUAAAAAGAUGGCCUAUCACAAAGUGAAUGCAGACCAGAGAGCACAGGGGCACUCUCCAUACCUUGACAACGAUGAGCUCCAAGCCACAGCGUUGGACCUGGAGUGGGACAUGGAAAAAGAGCUGGAGGAGCCUGGCUUUGACCAUUUCCGACUGGACAGCGCAGCCCAGCACCACCUGGGCAACUCACAGAGCCCUGACCUCGACCUGGAGCCCAUCCAGGCUUCCUCCUCCCCAAAGGGAAGAUUCCAGAGGCUCCAGGAAGACCCUGACUACAUCUCCCACUACACGAGACAGGCACCAAAGAGCAACCGCUGCAGCUUUCUUCGGAUACUGAAACUAUUUUGCACUGCUUUGAUUUUAUUUAUUUUUGGAAUUGUGAUAGGAUAUUAUGCACGCAAGAAAUGCCCUUCUCCCCCAACAUCUCAAGAACCAAAUAAUCCUCAGAUCUACCAAGAAAUUCUCAAGGAAAUCAAAGCUGAAAAUAUUCAGCGGAUUUACAGAGAUUUGUUAGAGUUGCCCAGAGAAGAUGAUGAUGCAGACCUUGCAGUGGAAAUCCUGGGUCAGUGGCGUUCCCAAGGCCUGGAAGAUGUCCGGCUGGUGAAUUACUCCGUUCUGCUUGACCUGCCAGGCCCUGCUUCAAACACAGUAACUCUGCCAAACAGCGGGGAAUGCUUUUAUCCAAGUGGACAAGAGUGCAGCACAGACCCCAGAACACUUCACAGCCAAGACCUGCUGUACUCCUAUGCAGCUUAUUCUGCCAAAGGAACUCUUGAGGCUGAGCUUGUUGAUGUCCAGUAUGGCACCAUGGAAGACCUGAUCCGGAUUCAAGCCAUCACAAACGUGACCAAAAAAAUUGCACUUUUGAAGCUCGGACAAUCACCUUUGCUUUAUAAGCUUUCUCUGCUGGAAGAUGCAGGGUUUGGUGGUGUUCUCGUUUACACUGAUCCUUGUGACUUGCCAAAGACUGCAGACCUUGCUGAUAAAGCUUUUAUGGUCUCCUUGAACACUGGGGGAGAUCCAUCCACGCCUGGUUAUGCCAGCAUUGAUGGAAGCUACAGGCAAAAUCGACUGAACCUCACAACACUGUUGGUACAACCAAUUUCUGCCCUGCUUGCCAGAAAACUUGUUUCCCUACCUGAGGACACUGCCCAAAGAGACAGGUGUGCCCCCCUCCAACUGCCAGCUGCAGGCAAGAAAACAAUCAGUCUGAAUAUUCAGUCUGUCACAACUUACAAGACAAUUUCUAAUGUCAUUGGCUAUCUAAAAGGAGCUGUAUUUCCUGACAGGUACGUCAUCAUUGGUAGCCAUCACAGCAGUUUGCAGGGCUAUGGUGGGCAAGGCUGGGCCAGCAGCACUGCUGUGAUCACAGCCCUGCUCCAAGCCCUGAUGCCAGAGGUGAGGAGGGGCUGGAGGCCUGACAGGACCCUGCUCUUCUGCUCGUGGGGAGGAACAGCCCUGGGGAACGUCGGCUCCUACGAGUGGGCUGAGGAUCUCAGGAGCGUUCUUCAGAGAAAUGUUGUGGCCUACAUCAGCCUCCAUAAUCCAGUCACAGGCAACUCAACUUUACGGCCCGUGGCAUCCCCUUCUCUUCAGCAGCUGGCAGCAGAGAGCCAGAGCUUCAACUGUGUGCAAAAGACCAGAUGUCCAGGAUCCAAUGUGAGUUCUGUGCAGAUACAGGGAGAUUCAGAUUAUUUCAUCAACCACCUUGGAGUGCCUGCCACGCAGUUUUCCUAUGAGGACAUCAAAGCAUCAGAGAAUUCCAGCUUUCUCUCUGAAGCUCUUUUUCCUGCACAUGCAACAAAAACUGAAGAGCUGGAUCCCUCCUUCAGCCUGCACGAGACCAUUGCCAAGCUAACAGGACAAGUGACUUUGCAAAUUGCCACUGCUCCAGUUUUGCCGUUUAAUGCCCUCGACAUCGCGUUAGAAGUUCAGAACAGUCUGAAAGGUGAUGAAGCAGGCGUCCCCCAGCUGCUGGCAGUGGCAUCCCGGCUGAGGGACACGGCGGAGCUGUUCCAGUCGGACGAGAUGCGCCCGGCCAACGACCCCCAGGAGCGAGCUCCUGUCAGAGUCAGGAUGCUCAAUGAUGUGCUACAAGGCUUGGAGAAAAGCUUCCUGCUUCAGCAAGCUCCUCCAGGACUGUACAGAAAUAUUCUUUACAGACUGGAUGACAGGACCAGCCAGUUUUCAGUACUGCUGGAGGCUCUGGAGCACUGCAAACUCCAUCAGUCAAAUGAGACUGUGCAGGCAGCCUUGUCAGAGGUGCUGAGCAGCAUCAAUUCAGCUCAGGUUUACUUCAAAGCAGGACUUGAUGUGUUUGAGACUGCCUUGGCUGGAAAGAAGUGAGAGGAUUCUCUGCAUUCCAAGACAUUUGUUUACAACUCUCUAAACAAAAGUUCCACUUGGACCAGAAUUGCUCUGAGGAUCAAACCUUUCUCAGCCUUUCCUUCAGCUGGCGCUUUAAGGUACUGCAACACGUGGUUUAAGAAAUGUAAAACAGUAUUUUGCACUGUUCACAAUAUAUCUCAAAUGCCUGUUCCUGAAUGUAUUAAACCUAAAGAGAGAGAGUAACACUUCAGAGAUGACUUUUGGAAGGACAUCUGCUGUAUUUUUGUAUGUAAAGUAUGUUUUUAUGACUAAGAGCUCCAUCAUGCGAAGUACCAAGCACAUCCUGUGAUGAGCUGAAGCCCUGGUUCUGAGGCACCCCAGAUGUGCAGCCAGGGGAGAUUUCCUGUCAGAAAAACAUGACUCAAGUUGCCUAAUGUUUUCAGCAAGCUCAUCUUUUUCCUUACUCCAUUCAGAGUAAGUAGUUGAAGGAUGUGGUGUUUCCUUGGGUAUCCAGCACCGGAGUGGAAAUGCACAGAACACCUUUGCAGGUGCAGUCCAACACCUUUACUCCUGUGGAACAAUAAAUACCUCAGUUCUGAGAAUACAGAUAAACUUUGAUUCUUCCAUUUCUGUAUGACAAUAAAGAGUUGUUUUCUCUGAUGUUUCUUGGAGAGGAAAUUUUUGUGAUGAUUUCAAAUUAUUUGAAAAGUGUGAGUCGGUAAUUACACUUGCACAAAAAUGCUUUGAAUGUUUAUGUUGAAUGAUAAGAACUGCCUAGUCUUUAUAAGGCUAGAGGCCUUAAAAAUUUUCACCAAACAUUACCAAAAAAUCCCACUUCAAGGUCUCUAAACUUCCAGAGAGCUGUAAAUAAAAGCAAGACCUCCAAGACCUGAGAAGAGUUUUGGGAUUCCAUCACUCUUGGCCACACCACCCACUAUUCCUGGCUGGAUUGUUCCAUCAAGCCUCAUAUCUAGGACCCAGGUCAUUGUCAGAAAAGCACAAGGUAAAACAUGCAUCCAUUCCCUGCUGUAGAACCAGGAAUUCAAGUGUGGAGGCACAAGCUGGUGAAGCAUAUUGCACAGCUAAAAUGCAAAUCUGUUUUUCCCUUGGUAGAAGGCUCCAAUCACACCAUUGCCUGUUGGCCAAAUAAUCUGUGUGUGAAAGGAUCUAGAGGUUCAGUGUCCUCUGAGGGGAUGCUCUACCCAUUUGAGAACUCCAGGUCUUAAUAAUAUAAACAGUUGAAAUUGUUAAGCCUUAUUUGGGUUUUACAGUCUCAGAUGAUUCUAGGUUUAGAGCUUAAAUAAUUAAUUUUAUAUAGAUACUCAGAAUUUAAAUAUAAUUUAUUUGAUGGAAAUGUUAAAUGUAUUGUUAUCCAGUUUGCCAUGUUAACGUUACAGGAACAUUUCAGGUUGGAAUAGAAAUGGGAAAAGUGUCUGUAUUAAUGUUUAAAAAGUGCCUUCAGGAAAAUUUCUGAGUGCACAAUUUGGUGAAAUAUUUUCUAAAGCUCACAUAGCAAGAAAUGAGCUGUUCACAGAUCUGGGUUUCUGUUCCAAAGCCCUUACAAAGGGGUCUCCAAGCAGUGGCCCAGGACUGGGUACACACAGCUGUUCUUCAUAAGUUAUGAUGGAGCAGAGGCAGAGCUGUGCAGUUGUACAGCAGCCUCUGCAGUGGGAAUUUGUUCAGCACCAGUCAGUGGGACUGCAUGGACUCAUCAUUAUCUCCUAGCUUUCCUUGGCAUCUGAUCAGCUUAAAUUGAUGAUGAUUCUUUUGCUGAUGCUGGCACCAGUUCUGUUUAGUGCAGAGAGAAUUUGACUCCUGGACAAUAACAUUGUUUAUGAUGCAGGUUCACCCCUUGUCUGCGUCGUUUUUAUUGUUGUAAGAUUUAGGUGGCUGGAAUAUCCACAUUUGAAUUGUAUGUUUGUUUUGGGGACUUGGGGAUGUACUGCACUGUGGGACCUUUGAUGGGAUUCAGUGACAAAGGGUCAGGUGCCAUUAGGAGACCAAAAGAGAGGUUAACACCUUUGUUAACUCUGCCAGGUGAGUUUGAUAACUGCUUCCUCAUCCUUAGAAUGUUCCACCUCUAAUGCAACCAAAGUGUACUCAGCAAAAUCAGUGAAAUCUGGUGGAAGCAAUAUCUCUGAUGGAUGAUUUCUCAACCCUGUAAUUCCAAAAUAAAAUAUUUAUCUUGUUUUCUCACUAAUGUCCUUCUGUAACCACUUCUAAACUAACAGACCUAAAAGUGCUCUGCUGGAAAAGCACUGCUGUUGUAAAUGUCUGUCUAUUCUAGACACAAUCAGAUGUUCUUGUUGGUGAGAUGAAUCAGAUGAGCUAUUUAGGGACUUAAAUGCAUUGAUUUCAAUGUCAUCUCAUACUUUUAGAUCGUUUGUAGGCUUUUAUUUCAAUGUUAAGAUCUUACAUAUAAGUGAGUGCUCAGUGAUAAUAUUUGUACCAUUAUAGCUUUGAAAAAAAAGCACUUUUGAGCCAUAUCCUUCCAUUGAUUUUUAAAUCCUACCUAUUGACUUCAAGGAAUUUACAGCAAGUUAAGGUCCUAAGUAUCUGGUGAGCUUCUAACAUAGAGUUUUUGCCCAAACAGCUGUGGAACAUCAGCUAAAGGAAGGUGUUAGUAAAUCAUAGCAGCUUACACAGAUUGACUUCAUUCCUGUGUGGUACUGGAAUAAACAGAGCACCCUUAAAGGCAGAAGCACGUUUGCAAAUUGCCUGGAUGAUACUAAAAAUGUGUGAUCUUUUCAGAAGCAUCAACUGCCAGAGACAGAAUAGCAAAUGCAUUGAUUGCUCCUUAAUCCAGAGUCAUGCUCACAGUGACCAGAAAAUCCCUGCAGCCUGCAAUAUUUGUAUGUUGAGACAGUUGAUAAUAAAAAGCCAAUGAGGUUUUAUUAGUAUGUAUUUUAAAGAGUCCAUAAAAAGGCUAAAGCACAAUCAAGGAAGAUGAAUAAAAAGUACAUGGGAGCUGGAUUUUGAGUACUAACCUUAAAAAAGGCAGUGAAUUGUUUUUAUCAUCCAAGAGAAAUAGUACCCGUGUGAAUAUGCAAAAACACAAAUGCCUUAUAUCUUCAAAAGGUUUUGCAAAUAUUCAUUUACUUGCAGUGAUAUAAUACACCUAGAUAAACAUAAAUGUAAAUAAUUACAUGAGAAAAUUAGCAAACUCUUUGCAUUGCCUCCCUUCCCUUUUAGGAAAGUGUUUCAGUCUAGGGAUGUGAAAGGAGGCUCUGCAGCUGACCUCAGUUCUUGCAGCAGUAGGUGGGGAAAGGUUAAAUCUCAGGUAUGGCAGAAGGAGCCACUGGAGGUCAUUUAUUCCAACCUCCCUGCUCAAGGAGGAGCACCAAAAACCAGCCUGCCAGGAGGGGCUGUGCUCAGGUUGCUGUGGAAUGCCUUCCAGGGAUGGAGAUUCCUCAGCCUCUCUGGGCAGUCUGUGCCAGUGCAUGGUCACCCUCACAGAGAAAUGUUUCAUUCUUCCAUAGAAAAACUUCCUCCAAAUUUCUCCCCAUAUUUCUGAGUUGUUAAAUUAUUGUAAUUAUUUUCACAGCGAGCAUUCAAAAGGUAGCCAUCAUUUCAUCCAGUGAAAACUCUCAGAAACCAUCUCCAGGAUUUCACAGGUACAAUAUGUUGGAAAGUUUGUAUGAGGAGAUUUGUCCUUCAAGCCAUAAAGUAUUUUUUUUAAGCCAUAGAAACUAAUGCCUUUAUAUUCUGAUGUCUUUUGUACAGUCCCUGGCACCCAGUCAGGAUUCCUCUUUACUUUAGGAGGCUGUCACCUCAUCAGCACAAAUGUGGCUAUAAAUGCACCUACUUUACCCAAACUUUGGGACCUCACUGUGGUUUGUGUUGAGUGGAACACAACACAAACCACACAUUAUUAGAAUGUUAAAAAUAACUUGGGUAGCAAUGCAGUGAUAGUUUUGGGUGGCUUUAACCCUCUGGCUGUUUUUUCUCCCUCUAACACCAUCCUCUCCAAUCCCCUAUAUUCACCUUCUCUCACAUCUUUUUGCAAUGUGAUUUUUCCCAUCCCUCACCACCUUAUUCUCAGCCAUUCCCACUCAUUUUCUGUCUCCAUUCUCCUUAUCACUUCUUAAGCUCCCUUUUAAUUUGCCCACCACCAGGUUAAUCCCCCUCUUUUCUCUCUCUGAUCUCAGUCAUGCCUUUUGUUCCCCAUUCAGUUCUCAACUCACCUCCCUCAAGUUUCAAUUAUUAUUCCUGGAACAGCUGACCAUAAUAAAGAGCUGAAAGUGGUGGAAAAGUCCUGCUCAGAUCCAGGUGGGUAAAGUGUGAGGAGACAUCAUCUGUUAAAUUCAAAGUAUUCACUUCUGAGUACAUGUAAGCAGCAGGUUUUCAGUUAUAGCUUGACUGAAUGGAAGCAGAUUUUUUUCCUAUCUUCUUUCUUUCUCUCUAAUGUCUGGACCAGGAAAUUCCCUCAAAAGUAGCAGUGUAGAAAGGUGAUAAUCUUGAAAGUUUUGAAAUAAACCUUUGAAGUUUAUUUGAAUCCAAUUCUGAAGUUGGAUGAAUAAGAAAUUAUAGACAAAAAAUCAGAAUUGGCACUGCCUGUCUACAAAAUAAAACAGGCAAUAUCUAAGCACAGAGUUUCUCUGAUCUUGCAGGAGCCAUCCAGCAUUCUCUCCAUGCUGGCUAAAUACCAAAUUCUCUGUGUAAUUCUGCUGUCCUACAGUGUUUUACAUUGUUAAGGAUGGCAAGGACUAAAUCUACAUGCACAAACCUGUACUGGAACAUGCACAUUUGAGCCUAGGAAGUGCCUAAGAACAGUGAACACUCAUUUGGGAAGCAAAGGCUUUUAAAAUCCCUAAAUUAGACUGCAUGUUUACUAAAACUGUGGUGCUGUUAAGCCUUUGGUUUUUUCCUAAUUAUCAUCCCACUACUGCUGGUUAUUUCUACUGUUGCUCAUACAGACUUGUCAUAACUGGAGGAAAUGGACACCUGUGUGGAUUUGCAAAAAAGAUUAUGUUGCACCUGAGUCUUACUGACCUUACUGGACUGGUUUUUUUCCAACAGGGUUGACUUUACCAGGGUACUGUUCCACAGGACCAAGGUUAGCAGAAUUUGGCCACUAUUGAUGGGAUUUCCCACAAGAUUUUGUAUCAGAAGAUCAAUUAUUUCUGUUUAGUCUAUUCUCUUUAAUCUCUCAACAUAGAUUAUUAGAAGCAAGAAUGUAUUUUUUUUUUUAAUUGGGAGGAGUCUCUUGUAAUUGGGUAAGCAUUAAGCCCACAGGGCAGAAUAUGAAUGUGUAUGUACAAGUGAUAUAAUCUAGAAUUAACUUUAUACCUUUUAUGAAUGUUGGAUUAAUGCAGACAUACUUUUAUAAAUUUCACAGGUUGGAAUUAAUACAAGGACUUAAUUUAAGAAAUUUAAUCAGAAUAAAGGUGUGGAACAACA